ACCAACCUCUUUAAGAACCUUUCCCAAAUUCUACAAGGGCCAUUCCAGACAUUUCCCUCUCCACAACUCACUCACUGAUUCACUGCGUUCCUUUCUUCUCCACACUGAUUCAAUCUUCUUUAGGGCCAACAACCCAAAUCCCAGAAACAGAAACAAAUAUCUAUAAGAAGAAAGACAAGACACCCAACUCAAAACUUAGACAGGAAAAGCUUCAGAAGAUAAUGCAAGGUUCUUUAGCAGCUGAACCAGAGGAAAGAGGAAGCCAAUCUCAUCAAGCUCCUCCUCUCCCAUGGCAUUCACUAAGCUCCAUCUCCCAACCCUCUUCUUCUUCUUCCUACUCCCCCUAGUCAUCCUCCCCACUAAAGCUGAACUAUUCGCGAAUGUUAAGCAGCAGAUUCAGGACAACGAGUUCAGAGAGCCGUUCGUUGGAGUAAACAUAGGCACCGACGUCUCGAAUCUACUCACGCCAACCGAGCUGGUGUCGUUUCUUCAAGUCCAGAAAAUCACUCACAUACGUCUCUACGAUGCCGACCCUGACAUUCUCAAAGCCUUGGCUAAAACCAAGAUCCGGGUCAUCAUCAGCGUACCCAACAACCAGCUCAUCGCAAUCGGCUCCUCCAACACCACUGCAGCUUCUUGGGUCGGCCGAAACGUCGUCGCUUUCUACCCACAAACGCUCAUCACCGGCAUUGCUGUAGGGGAUGAAGUGCUCACCACUGUGCCGUCUUCGGCCCCAAUGCUAGUUCCGGCAAUUGAGUCUCUUUACAGCGCUCUAGUAGCUGCGAAUUUACACACACAGGUCAAGAUUUCGACGCCGAAUGCGGCGUCGAUUAUUCUCGACCCUUUCCCGCCUUCUCAGGCGUUUUUUAAUCAGAGCGUGACAGAGGUUGUGGUUCCUCUGCUUCGGUUCUUGUCGAAAACAGGGGCGCCUUUGAUGAUGAAUAUGUAUCCUUACUACGUGUUUAUGCAGAACAAGGGUGUUGUGCCUUUGGACAAUGCGCUUUUCAAGCCUCUGACGCCUUCGAAAGAGAUGGUGGAUCCGAAUACUCUGCUGCAUUAUACUAAUGUGCUGGAUGCCAUGAUUGAUGCUGCUUAUUUUUCGAUGAAGAAUUUGAAUGUGACUGAUGUUAUGGUGCUUGUUAGUGAGAGUGGCUGGCCGUCCAAGGCGGAUGCUAAGGAGCCUUAUGCUACUGUUGACAAUGCGGAUACAUACAAUUCGAAUUUGAUCAAGCAUGUGUUUGAUCGGAGUGGGACUCCUUUGCAUCCUGAGACUACUUCUAGUGUGUACAUUUAUGAGCUGUUCAAUGAAGAUUUGAGGUCUCCGCCGGUGUCUGAGGCCAAUUGGGGCUUGUUUUAUGGCAAUUCGAGUGCUGUGUAUUUGCUUCAUGUUUCGGGGAGUGGAACAUUUUUGGCUAAUGAUACUACAAACCAGACAUUUUGCAUUUCCAUGGAUGGGGUUGAUGGGAAGACUCUGCAAGCAGCUUUGGAUUGGGCUUGUGGUCCGGGGAGGGCUAACUGCACAGAGAUUCAGCCUGGGGAGAAUUGUUACUCUCCUAACAAUGUGAAAAACCAUGCUUCUUAUGCUUUUGAUAGCUAUUACCAGAAGCAAGGAAAGGCUGCAGGGUCUUGUGAUUUCAAAGGUGUAGCUUCCAUUACCACCACUGACCCAAGUAAAGGGAGCUGUAUAUUUCCUGGAAGUAAACACUCGAGCAAUGUAACAAGGCAGGUGGUGAACUCGACUCAUGUAAGUGGUGCAGCAGAGAGGUUAAAAUUCAUUGGCUUCAGCAGUAAAAGAGCAAGUGCAACCAGCUGGGUGUUAUAUGUAAUUUUUGUUGUAAUUUCCCCUAGUUUGUUAUUCUUUAUUCAGCUGAGGUAGAAAUUUUGAUUGUAUUAUUAUGACCUUAUUGUAUUUGUCGAUAAUCGGUAAUAAUUUGCG